AUCCUGUGGUAAGCUAUUGGAACUGUGAACUCACAGUAGUAGGUGAUGCUCUGUCCAAUUCCAUAAUAAAAUCCGCAGCGGUAUCCUCCUAAUUAAAAGCAUCUGCCAGCUUCCACCGGCUAAAACCCCACAAUCAAUUACCAAAAUUUAGGGCAAAAACCAAAAUAGAGAAAACCAAAAUAGAGAGAGAGAGAGAGAGAGAGAGAGAGUAGAUUUUGGAUCUGGGUUGGAUUUAGGGUUGUUUGAGAACUGGGAUGAAGAUACAGUGCAAUGCUUGCGAGGCCGCGGAGGCGACGGUGAUGUGCUGCGCCGACGAGGCGGCGCUGUGCUCGGCCUGCGACGAGAAGGUCCACAGAGCCAACAAGCUCGCCGGGAAACACCAGCGGGUCCCCCUCGUCGCCGCCUCCUCGCCAUCUGGACUCCCCAAGUGCGAUAUCUGUCAGGAAGCUUCUGGCUAUUUCUUCUGCUUAGAAGACCGAGCAUUGUUCUGUAGAAACUGUGAUGUUUCCAUACACACUGCAAAUUCUUAUGUUUCUGCACACCGAAGAUUUCUGGUCACAGGGGUUCAAGUGGGCCUUGAACCUGCUGACCCACUUCCAUCCUUUCCUAAGGAGCAAGCAAGCUCUUCAGGAAGAGUUUCUGAACGGCCUACUAAGUUACUGCCCGAAGGAAAUUCCUCAAUGCUAUUUGCCGGUGAAGCUAAUCAAGUCUUUUCCAAUCAAGCAAGCAAGGGUGGGUAUGUCCCUACAGCGAAGACAUCAUAUUCUGGAGUUAACAUGGUUGGUGGUUUACCAGACUGGUCUGUAGAUGACUUCUUUGGAUUUAUCAAUUUCAACCAGAACUAUGGUUACCCAGAGAACAGCUCAUCUAAGGCUGAUAGUGGUAAGCUUGGGAGUUCUGAUGACUCACCACCAUAUUUCCCUGCCGAUGAACGGAUUAAUUUUGACGAAUGCUUGGGUCAAGUACCAGAAAUUUCAUACAACACGGUACCAGAGAUUCCAUCUCCACCCACAGCUUCAGGGUUCCAUUUGCAGAGAAACCUACUCUAUCCUCCAUCAGAACACGCUGUUUUUGUGCCAGAUAUAUGUUCUUCUCAUAACCGUUAUGGAUACCAGGGUAAUCCGAAACGUCGCAGGUCAUUCUAAAGUGAAAAUGUAGCUUGUUUGAUAUUUGUUAUUGAAGCUGUACAAAGUUUGUUGUUUUGUUUGUGCUUUUGGGUAACUCCCCCUCAUCCCAUCAACGUGUUCUUGUUGAGCACUCUUCCACUGUUUGCGGAAUGAUGCCUGCCUGUUGUAGUUUACUGUAUUACUAAACUUUUGAGAUUACAGUACCAUUUGCAGUUUACUGUAUUACUAAAACUUUUGAGAUCACGGUACUAUGUAAUUAGGCUAGUUGUUUUGUGGACUUUGAAUCCUGACGAGUGCUGAAUUUAUCUAGCUUGUGUUACUUUUUCA